AUGUCCACCACCACGACCACCACCCCAACAACCCCCCUCCCCGCAAUCCUCAUCCUCUGCACCUCCUCCACCGCCCCCGGCCACGUCCUCCCCCUAACCGCCAUCGCCCGCCACCUCGUCGCCCACCACUACCCCGUAACCUUCGUCGGCGGCGCCCAGCACCGGCACCUCAUCGAAGCCUCAGGCGCUACCUUCUUCCCCGUCUGCGACGCCCUCACCCUCGAGCACGGGCCCUACCGGCAAUGGGGCGCCGAGCGGGCGCGCUAUGCCGAGGGGUUGCCGCGGAUGGUGCAGGAUUUUAGGACGUUUUUUGUGGGCCAGGUGGAUGGGCAGGUGGAGAGUACGAGGCGGGCGUUGGAGGCGGUGAGGUGCGGGGUGGGUAAGGGGAGGGAAGUGGUGGUGGUGUGCGAGACGAUGUGGUUCGGGUACUUGCCGUGGAAGUGGGGGGCGGAGAGGACUAGGGGGUGGGAGGAGGGGGAGGCGAUGCCGAGGAGUUUGGGGGUCAAUGUGACGCCGUUGAUGCUGGAUGGGGAGGGCGUGUCGCCGUUUCCGUUGGGGUUGUUGCCGGCGGAGGGGAAGGGGGUGGGGGAGAGGGAUGGGCUGUUGAGGGAGUGGUUAUAUGAGUAUGUGGUGAGGGAAGCGUAUGAUGGGUUUCGGGAGAGGAUUAGGGAGGCUGGGGGGGUCGAGGUGCCGGAUGAGUGGAUGAUCAAUCUGAGCGUCACGGCGCAUGAUACUACGCUGCAGCUGUGUCAUCCGGCGCUGGAAUACCCGCGGCCGGACCUGCCGGCGCAUGUCAAGUUUGCGGGGAGCUUGCCGCCGAGUAAGGUGGUGCCGCCGGGGUUUGUGUUUCCGGAUUGGUGGCAGCGGGAGGUGGUUGGGAACCCGGGGCUGCCAGGAAGCCCAGGGAGACCGAAAAUCGUGGUGGUUUCGCAAGGUACAUUGGCGAGGGACUACAGCAUGGUGUUGGUCCCGACAAUCAGGGCAUUGGCUGGGAGGAGAGAUGUGAUGGUCGUUGCGCUGCUGGGGAAACAGGGGCUGGCCGUCCCGCCCGGAGUCCUGCCUGCCCCGGAAGAGGGAGUCAAUCUCGACAACGUCCAUGUUGUCGACUUCUUCCCGUAUGACUCGCUCCUUUCAUACGCGGAUGUCAUGGUCUUCAACGCCGGCUAUGGCGGCUUCAUGCACUGCGUCGUCAACGGCGUGCCGAUGGUGGCGGCAGGCUUGACGGAGGAUAAGUGCGAGGUGGCUGCUCGGGUUGAGUGGACCGGUGUUGGCAUAAACCUGCGCACUGGGAGGCCGUCCCCGGCGGCGGUGGCUUCUGCUGUUGAUCGGGUUUUGGGCAGUGAGGGCAAGUACCGCGCGAGAGUCAAGGAGUUGGCGAUUGAAGUGUCCAAGGGGAAUCCGCUGGAGGUUGUCGAGAGAGAGCUACGCGCUCUCGUUCAAGGGUAGUCGACUGCAUUAUAUAACCGACUAGUUUGGGAAACCCGGUUCUGCGUACCACAGAAGAAGCAUCACUUGGGCACGGUAUGAAGUUUCGGCUUGCUUGGAAUGGUUUAUGUACUAAAACCAGGU